AGUCAAGGAUUAUAAACGAUCACAGCGCGGUCCAGCUGGCCCUGUGAUUGGGCUCUCCCGCGAUCCGCACCAGGGGAAGCGCAUGAGAGGCCACUGAGAAUUGAACUCUGAGUGAAAUUUGUCGCAAGCAGGACUGAUGUGCACACCGAAGGAAUGAAGUAUGGAUGUGAAGGAACGUAGGCCUUACUGCUCCCUGACCAAGAGCAGACGUGAAAAAGAACGGCGGUAUACAAAUUCCUCUGCAGACAAUGAGGAGUGCAGGGUCCCUACGCAGAAGUCUUAUAGUUCCAGUGAAACCCUGAAAGCUUUUGAUCAUGAUUCUUCCCGGCUGCUUUAUGGAAACAGAGUAAAGGAUUUGGUUCACAGAGAAGCAGACGAGUUCACUAGACAAGGACAGAAUUUUACCCUAAGGCAGUUAGGAGUUUGUGAACCAGCAACUCGAAGAGGACUGGCAUUUUGUGCGGAAAUGGGGCUCCCUCACAGAGGUUACUCUAUCAGUGCAGGGUCAGAUGCUGAUACUGAAAACGAAGCAGUGAUGUCCCCCGAGCAUGCCAUGAGACUGUGGGGCAGGGGGGUCAAGUCGGGCCGCAGCUCCUGCCUGUCAAGCCGGUCCAACUCAGCCCUCACCCUGACAGACACAGAACACGAAAACAAGUCCGACAGUGAGAAUGAACAACCUGCAAACAACCAAGGCCAGUCGACCCUGCAGCCUUUGCCCCCUUCCCACAAGCAGCAUUCUGCACAGCAUCACCCGUCCAUCACUUCUCUCAAUAGAAACUCCCUGACCAAUAGGAGGAACCAGAGUCCGGCCCCGCCGGCUGCUUUGCCCGCCGAGCUGCAAACCACACCCGAGUCCGUCCAGCUGCAGGACAGCUGGGUCCUUGGCAGUAAUGUACCACUGGAAAGCAGGCAUUUCCUAUUCAAAACAGGGACAGGGACGACGCCACUGUUCAGUACAGCAACCCCAGGAUACACAAUGGCAUCUGGCUCUGUUUAUUCACCGCCUACUCGGCCAUUGCCUAGAAACACCCUAUCAAGAAGUGCUUUUAAAUUCAAGAAGUCUUCAAAGUACUGUACCUGGAAAUGUACUGCCCUGUGUGCUGUAGGGGUCUCUGUGCUCCUAGCAAUACUCCUGUCAUAUUUUAUAGCAAUGCAUCUAUUUGGCCUCAACUGGCAGUUACAGCAGACUGAAAAUGACACGUUUGAGAAUGGGAAAGUGAAUUCUGACACCAUGCCAACAAACACUGUAUCAUUACCUUCUGGCGACAAUGGAAAAUUAGGUGGAUUUACACAAGAAAAUAACACCAUAGAUUCUGGAGAACUUGAUAUUGGCCGAAGAGCAAUUCAAGAGGUUCCUCCUGGGAUCUUCUGGAGAUCACAGCUCUUUAUUGAUCAACCACAGUUUCUUAAGUUCAAUAUCUCUCUUCAGAAGGAUGCAUUGAUUGGAGUAUAUGGCCGAAAAGGCUUACCACCUUCCCAUACUCAGUAUGAUUUUGUGGAGCUCCUGGAUGGCAGCAGAUUGAUUGCAAGAGAGCAGCGGAACCUGGUUGAAUCUGAAAGAGCCGGGAGACAGGCAAGAUCCGUCAGCCUGCACGAGGCUGGCUUCAUCCAGUACUUGGAUUCUGGGAUCUGGCAUCUGGCUUUUUAUAACGAUGGGAAAAAUGCAGAGCAGGUGUCUUUCAAUACCAUUGUAAUAGAGUCUGUAGUGGAAUGCCCUCGAAAUUGCCAUGGAAAUGGAGAGUGUGUUUCUGGAACUUGUCAUUGUUUCCCAGGGUUUCUGGGUCCGGAUUGUUCAAGAGCGGCCUGUCCGGUGCUCUGCAGCGGCAAUGGGCAGUACUCCAAGGGCCGCUGCCUGUGUUUCAGCGGCUGGAAGGGCACUGAGUGCGAUGUGCCCACGACCCAGUGCAUUGACCCGCAGUGUGGGGGUCGUGGGAUUUGCAUCAUGGGCUCCUGUGCUUGCAACUCAGGAUACAAAGGAGAAAAUUGUGAAGAAGCUGAUUGUCUGGACCCUGGGUGUUCUAAUCACGGGGUGUGUAUCCACGGGGAGUGUCACUGCAAUCCAGGAUGGGGUGGUAGCAACUGUGAAAUACUGAAGACCAUGUGUCCAGACCAGUGCUCAGGCCAUGGAACUUACAUUCAAGAAAGUGGCUCCUGUACUUGUGACCCUAACUGGACUGGCCCUGACUGCUCAAAUGAAAUCUGCUCUGUGGACUGCGGCUCACAUGGUGUUUGCAUGGGAGGGACUUGCCGCUGCGAGGAAGGCUGGACGGGCCCUGCGUGCGAUCAGAGAGCUUGCCACCCUCGCUGUGCUGAACACGGGACCUGCAAGGAUGGCAAGUGUGAAUGCAGCCAGGGAUGGAACGGAGAACACUGCACCAUUGCUCACUAUUUGGAUAAGAUAGUUAAAGCAGACAAGAUAGGAUAUAAAGAGGGUUGUCCUGGUCUUUGUAACAGCAAUGGGAGGUGUACGCUGGACCAAAAUGGCUGGCAUUGUGUUUGCCAGCCAGGGUGGAGAGGAGCAGGCUGUGAUGUAGCCAUGGAGACUCUCUGCACAGAUAGCAAGGACAAUGAAGGAGAUGGACUCGUGGACUGCAUGGACCCUGAUUGCUGCUUACAGAGCUCCUGCCAGAAUCAACCCUACUGUCGUGGCUUGCCUGAUCCCCAGGAUAUCAUCAGCCAGAGCCUACAGUCACCAUCACAGCAAGCUGCCAAGUCCUUCUAUGACCGGAUCCGUUUUCUCAUUGGAGCUGAUAGCACCCAUGUGCUACCUGGAGAAAGUCCUUUCAAUAAGAGCCUUGCAUCCGUCAUCAGAGGCCAAGUAUUAACUGCUGAUGGAACUCCACUUAUUGGAGUCAAUGUCUCGUUUUUCCAUUACCCAGAAUAUGGAUAUACUAUUACCCGCCAGGAUGGAAUGUUUGACUUGGUGGCGAAUGGUGGGGCCUCAUUGACUUUGGUGUUUGAACGGUCCCCAUUCCUCACUCAGUACCACACUGUGUGGAUUCCAUGGAAUGUCUUUUAUGUGAUGGAUACUCUCGUCAUGAAGAAAGAAGAGAAUGACAUUCCUAGCUGUGAUCUGAGUGGCUUUGUGAGGCCAAGUCCUAUCAUUGUGUCAUCACCUCUAUCUACCUUUUUUAGAUCUUCUCCUGAAGACAGCCCCAUCAUUCCUGAAACACAGGUCCUCCAUGAAGAAACCACAAUUCCAGGUACAGAUUUGAAGCUUUCCUACCUGAGUUCCAGAGCUGCAGGAUAUAAGUCUGUUCUUAAGAUCACCAUGACCCAGUCCAUUAUCCCAUUUAACCUGAUGAAGGUGCAUCUUAUGGUGGCUGUGGUCGGGAGACUCUUCCAAAAGUGGUUUCCUGCCUCACCAAACUUGGCCUACACUUUCAUAUGGGAUAAGACAGAUGCUUACAACCAGAAGGUCUAUGGUCUGUCUGAGGCUGUGGUGUCUGUUGGCUAUGAAUAUGAGUCGUGUUUGGACCUGACUCUGUGGGAAAAGAGAACCGCUAUUCUGCAAGGUUAUGAGUUGGAUGCUUCCAACAUGGGUGGCUGGACAUUGGAUAAGCACCAUGUCCUGGAUGUUCAGAAUGGUAUACUGUACAAAGGAAACGGGGAAAAUCAGUUCAUCUCCCAGCAGCCUCCCAUUGUCAGUAGCAUCAUGGGCAAUGGCCGGAGGCGCAGCAUCUCGUGCCCAAGUUGCAAUGGUCAAGCCGACGGGAAUAAGCUAUUAGCCCCGGUUGCACUAGCUUGUGGUAUCGAUGGCAGUCUGUAUGUGGGGGAUUUUAACUAUGUCCGGCGGAUAUUCCCUUCUGGAAAUGUAACAAGUGUUUUAGAACUAAGAAAUAAAGAUUUUAGACAUAGCAGCAACCCAGCUCAUAGAUACUACCUCGCCACGGAUCCGGUCACAGGAGAUUUGUACGUUUCUGACACCAACACCCGAAGAAUUUAUCGUCCAAAGUCACUCACGGGAGCCAAAGACUUAACUAAAAACGCUGACGUGGUUGCAGGGACAGGAGAGCAGUGCCUCCCCUUUGAUGAGGCCAGGUGUGGGGAUGGAGGGAAGGCCAUCGAAGCAACACUCAUGAGUCCCAAAGGAAUGGCAAUUGAUAAGAAUGGACUAAUCUACUUUGUUGAUGGAACCAUGAUUAGAAAAGUUGAUCAGAAUGGAAUCAUAUCGACUCUCCUGGGCUCUAAUGAUCUGACGUCAGCCAGACCUUUAACAUGUGACACCAGCAUGCACAUCAGCCAGGUACGUCUGGAAUGGCCCACUGACCUCGCUAUUAACCCUAUGGAUAACUCCAUUUAUGUCCUGGAUAAUAAUGUAGUUUUACAGAUCACUGAAAACCGUCAAGUUCGCAUUGCUGCUGGACGACCCAUGCACUGCCAGGUUCCCGGAGUGGAAUAUCCUGUGGGGAAGCAUGCAGUCCAGACUACACUGGAGUCAGCCACUGCCAUUGCUGUGUCUUACAGUGGGGUCUUGUACAUUACUGAAACUGAUGAAAAGAAAAUUAACCGAAUAAGGCAGGUCACAACAGACGGGGAAAUCUCUUUAGUGGCUGGAAUACCUUCAGAGUGUGACUGCAAAAAUGAUGCCAACUGUGACUGUUAUCAGAGUGGAGAUGGCUAUGCCAAAGAUGCCAAACUGAAUGCACCAUCCUCCCUAGCUGCCUCUCCAGAUGGUACACUGUACAUUGCAGAUCUUGGAAAUAUUCGGAUCCGGGCUGUGUCAAAGAAUAAGCCUUUGCUGAACUCUAUGAACUUCUAUGAAGUUGCCUCUCCGACUGAUCAAGAACUGUAUAUCUUUGACAUCAAUGGUACUCACCAGUACACUGUAAGUUUAGUCACUGGUGACUACCUGUACAAUUUUAGCUACAGCAAUGAUAAUGAUAUCACUGCUGUGACAGAUAGCAAUGGCAAUACCCUUAGAAUUAGACGGGAUCCAAAUCGCAUGCCCGUUCGGGUGGUGUCUCCAGAUAAUCAAGUGAUUUGGCUGACAAUAGGGACCAAUGGAUGUUUGAAAAGCAUGACUGCUCAAGGACUAGAACUAGUGUUAUUUACUUACCAUGGCAACAGUGGUCUUUUAGCUACCAAAAGUGAUGAAACUGGAUGGACAACAUUUUUUGACUAUGACAGUGAAGGUCGCCUGACAAAUGUCACAUUUCCAACUGGAGUGGUUACAAACCUACAUGGGGACAUGGACAAGGCUAUCACAGUGGACAUUGAAUCAUCCAGCCGAGAAGAAGACGUCAGCAUCACUUCAAAUCUGUCCUCCAUCGAUUCUUUCUACACCAUGGUUCAAGAUCAGUUAAGAAACAGUUAUCAAAUUGGUUAUGAUGGCUCCCUUAGAAUCAUCUAUGCCAGUGGUCUGGAUUCGCACUACCAGACAGAGCCCCACGUUCUAGCUGGGACAGCAAAUCCCACUGUGGCCAAAAGAAACAUGACUCUUCCUGGUGAGAAUGGUCAGAAUUUGGUUGAAUGGAGGUUCCGAAAAGAGCAAGCCCAAGGAAAAGUCAACGUCUUUGGUCGAAAGCUUAGGGUUAACGGCAGAAACCUUCUUUCUGUUGACUUUGAUCGGACCACAAAGACAGAAAAGAUCUAUGAUGACCACCGGAAAUUUCUCCUGAGGAUCGCCUAUGACACGUCAGGGCACCCAACUCUCUGGCUGCCUAGCAGCAAGUUGAUGGCCGUGAAUGUCACCUAUUCAUCCACAGGUCAAAUCGCCAGCAUCCAACGAGGAACUACAAGUGAAAAAGUAGACUAUGACAGCCAGGGGAGAAUCGUCUCUCGAGUCUUUGCUGAUGGUAAAACAUGGAGCUACACAUAUUUAGAAAAGUCCAUGGUUCUCCUGCUGCAUAGCCAGCGGCAGUACAUCUUUGAAUACGAUAUGUGGGACCGCCUAUCUGCCAUCACCAUGCCCAGUGUGGCUCGUCACACCAUGCAGACCAUCCGGUCCAUUGGCUACUACCGUAAUAUAUACAACCCCCCAGAAAGCAAUGCCUCCAUCAUCACAGACUACAACGAGGAAGGUCUGCUUCUGCAGACAGCUUUCCUGGGGACCAGUCGGAGGGUCUUAUUCAAAUACAGAAGGCAGACCAGGCUCUCAGAGAUUUUAUAUGAUAGCACAAGAGUCAGCUUUACCUAUGAUGAGACAGCAGGAGUCCUAAAAACAGUAAACCUUCAGAGUGAUGGUUUUAUUUGCACCAUUAGAUACAGGCAAAUUGGUCCCCUGAUUGACAGGCAAAUUUUCCGCUUUAGUGAAGACGGGAUGGUCAAUGCAAGAUUUGACUAUAGCUAUGACAACAGCUUUCGAGUGACCAGCAUGCAGGGUGUCAUCAAUGAAACUCCACUGCCCAUCGAUCUCUACCAGUUUGAUGACAUCUCUGGCAAAGUUGAACAGUUUGGAAAAUUUGGAGUUAUAUAUUAUGAUAUCAACCAGAUCAUUUCCACUGCUGUAAUGACUUAUACGAAGCACUUCGAUGCUCACGGCCGCAUCAAGGAAAUUCAAUAUGAGAUAUUCAGAUCACUCAUGUACUGGAUUACAAUUCAAUAUGAUAAUAUGGGCCGGGUAACCAAGAGAGAGAUUAAAAUAGGACCCUUUGCCAACACGACCAAAUAUGCUUAUGAAUAUGAUGUGGAUGGACAGCUCCAAACAGUGUACCUAAAUGAAAAGAUCAUGUGGCGUUACAACUAUGACCUCAAUGGAAACCUGCAUUUGCUAAACCCAAGCAACAGUGCCCGGCUGACACCGCUUCGCUAUGACCUGCGAGACAGAAUCACUCGACUGGGUGAUGUGCAGUAUCGGCUGGAUGAAGAUGGUUUCCUGCGUCAAAGAGGCACAGAAAUCUUUGAGUAUAGCUCCAAAGGGCUCCUAACUCGAGUUUACAGUAAAGGCAGUGGCUGGACAGUGGUCUAUCGUUAUGAUGGCCUGGGAAGGCGUGUUUCUAGCAAAACCAGUCUGGGGCAACACCUGCAGUUUUUUUAUGCUGACUUGACUUAUCCCACUAGGAUUACUCAUGUCUACAACCAUUCAAGCUCAGAAAUCACCUCCCUCUAUUAUGAUCUCCAAGGACAUCUUUUUGCCAUGGAAAUUAGCAGUGGGGAUGAGUUCUACAUUGCCUCAGAUAACACAGGGACACCACUGGCCGUGUUUAGCAGCAAUGGGCUGAUGCUAAAGCAGAUUCAGUAUACUGCAUAUGGGGAAAUCUACUUUGACUCCAAUAUUGACUUUCAGCUGGUAAUUGGAUUCCACGGAGGCUUGUACGACCCACUCACUAAAUUAAUCCACUUUGGAGAAAGAGAUUAUGACAUUUUAGCAGGACGAUGGACAACACCUGACAUAGAAAUCUGGAAAAGAAUCGGGAAGGACCCAGCUCCUUUUAACCUAUACAUGUUUAGGAAUAACAAUCCUGCAAGCAAGAUUCAUGAUGUGAAAGACUACAUCACAGAUGUGAACAGCUGGCUGGUGACAUUUGGCUUCCAUCUGCACAAUGCUAUUCCUGGAUUCCCUGUUCCCAAAUUUGAUUUAACAGAACCUUCUUAUGAGCUUGUGAAGAGUCAGCAGUGGGAUGACGUGCCGCCCAUUUUUGGAGUUCAGCAGCAAGUGGCCAGGCAAGCCAAGGCCUUCCUGUCCCUGGGGAAGAUGGCCGAGGUGCAGGUGAGCAGGCGCAAGGCAGGCGGCGAGCAGUCGUGGCUGUGGUUCGCCACCGUCAAGUCUCUGAUCGGCAAGGGCGUCAUGCUGGCCGUCAGCCAGGGCCGCGUGCAGACCAACGUGCUGAACAUCGCCAACGAGGACUGCAUCAAGGUGGCGGCGGUGCUGAACAACGCCUUCUACCUGGAGAACCUGCACUUCACCAUCGAGGGCAAGGACACGCACUACUUCAUCAAGACCACCACGCCCGAGAGCGACCUGGGCACGCUGCGGCUGACGAGCGGCCGCAAGGCGCUGGAGAACGGCAUCAACGUGACGGUGUCGCAGUCCACCACGGUGGUGAACGGCAGGACUCGCAGGUUCGCCGACGUGGAGAUGCAGUUCGGCGCGCUGGCGCUGCACGUGCGCUACGGCAUGACGCUGGACGAGGAGAAGGCGCGCAUCCUGGAGCAGGCGCGGCAGCGCGCGCUCGCCCGGGCCUGGGCGCGCGAGCAGCAGCGCGUGCGCGACGGCGAGGAGGGCGCGCGCCUCUGGACUGAGGGCGAGAAGCGCCAGCUGCUGAGCGCGGGCAAGGUGCAGGGCUACGACGGGUACUACGUACUCUCCGUGGAGCAGUACCCGGAGCUGGCCGACAGCGCCAACAACAUCCAGUUCCUCCGACAAAGCGAGAUCGGCAAGAGGUAACCCCCGGGCCGCCCGCGCCGUCCCCUCCGCGUCACCAAACCACCGGCCCGCCGCGUCCCUGCGCCCCUCCCUGCCUCCCUCCGCCGGGCGUGGACCACACCCUCUGCUCAGAUCGCCGUCUGCAGCACAAUCCUCGGACUCUCCGAAGCAGAUGAGCCUGCCGAGAGAAAGAUACUGUUACUAAAAAAAAUUUUAAAGAAAAAACAUCCACACACACACACAAAAACAAAGACAACUUUUUUUUUUUUCCUGAAUGACCUUAAAGGUGAUCGGCUUUAAAGAAGAUGUUUACAUAUGCAUAUCGCUGCACUCAGUUGGACUGAACGUAUUAAAUAAAAAAGUCAUUAACGAGGCCUAAACGUUUUGCUGUGGGCCAUGUGUUCCUUUGAGGCACUGUAUUUAACAAAGGUUUGGAGAGGGAAAAAAUGCAGUGUUUCCAGAUAUUACCGAAUUGUCGACCUUUGCUUACAGGAAGUAGUCUCUGCUUAGGAUGUGAUGUAUAUCUAUCUGUUCAUUUUAAAAUGUGGGGCAAAGUUACUGUUUAUAGACAACCCAACUGCUUCCCUGUGCUGCUUUGUAAAAGGACAUUGGCACAAGUGACUAAUGCUUCGGCGGGGAUUUAAUACUGGAUUUUACAAUACUAACGUGGUUUGCCUUGGGGUGGGGAAAAACUGGCAACUAGAAUCCUUGUCACUGAUAAGCAAAGGAAACCCUGAUUUUUUUGUAAAUUAUGUGAGACAAGUUGUUUAUGGAUUUUUAUAUGAAUUACAAUUUACUGUACAUCAAAUAUUAGUCUCAGAGGAGUUAAUUUAUGUAAAGUGUUUAAAAGUUUAUACUUAAAAAUAAAAUGAUAAAAACAUGUGAACUGUGUGAUUUUUUAAAGGAUUGCACCUUUUGUUAUCUGUUAUAGCUGUACAGUAUAACUGAUUAUAUUGUAGAGAUAUAACAACUUAUACCUAUAAUGUCCAGAAGUGUUAAUAUUUUUGUAUUAGGUUGAAAAAAAUGUGCAACUUUCUAUCACGUAGAUGGAUAGGACAGUGCAAUCCUAAGUGGGUGGCUCGUCAGAGAACUUCCCCUUUAUCUUCCUUCUCAUCAAGCCACUGUCCUCAACCAUCAUCAACCAAGAGGCACAGUUGAUGACCAAGGCUGGUGGAAUGUAAUGGAAGAUAUGCAAACUAAAUAAAACACCACUCCACCACUCUGGGGAGAAGGGACUCUCUGACCCUCUCUAGACCCUAAAAAUCAAUAGGAGUUGACAUAAUUAACCAUAAGGGUUUUUACUAUUAUAUUACCGUCCCUUGAUGCUCCAUUUGAUAAUGGAGGUGUGAGACCAUAUCAGAUGCUCGGGAAAUGUGUGGGGAGGUAUGUCACAGUAUCUGGGAAACAUUACAGAAAUGGAGCAACAGGGAUCCAGCCAGUCAGGAUCACUGCUACCCUUGGAUUCAGACCCUUAGGUCAGCAAGAGGGACCAAAACAAAUUUUAGAAAGGAAGACAGAAGCUCCUGAAAGCCCACAUGGCCUGAUCAUGUUUAGGGCUGAUUUGAAUGGUAGUCUGUGUUGUCCAGGGGGAACCAGGGCGACAGAUCCAGUAGGAAGGGAACUGACAGCUGUACCCCCUGCAUACAAACUUGUGGGACCACCACAGCCACCAUCUGCACUUUUGUGCCGGCCCAGCCACUCUGACAAAUCUUUUAUGAGCACUAAAUUCAGCCACAAAAAUAUUUUUUAGAAAAUAUUUCUCAGUUCAUUGAGCUAUAGUACACACUGUUUUCCUCUAUGUAUAAUGGUGAUAAAACAUAGCAAGUGAACAUGUCGUAAAUAUGAAGGUUCAAGUGAUGUAUUGAACAUAAUUUUCUAACUGCUUUGUAUGUACCACAUACUCUAAAUUGCACAGUAGGCGUGUUUAUUAAACAGAUUGGCUGGGAAAGUUUCGAAAUAGCUACUGAAUUUACGGUACCAGUGCUAUUACUGUCUUUGUGUAUUUGGUAGAGCAUACUGAAGUCAUUAAUCUUCUAAUGAAUGCUGAUAUUUUAUUAGAAUGAAAGCACAGAUUAGCAUUAAUAUUUUUUAUCCUGGAAAUCCUUUGGCAAGUAUUAUGAAGCCCAAAUUUAGAAAACUAUGAGAUUUCAAACCACAUAAACAUGGCUCUGUUUUACAUUUUUAUUUUUUAACUGUUAACUUAGGUGUUUGCCGUUCUGUUCGCUGGAACUUCCACAGGACUGUAUUUAGCAUGCUGUAAGUACUUUUGGGUGAAAUAGGCUCUGAGUCUAAAUUCUCAGAAAUGUCUCUGAUGUGUUGACCAUGAAAAGCUUGUACCACAUGCAGAAAUUAUAGUCUUAACUCUUCUCAACAUGGACUGGGCUUUAGAUGGGCACCAAUAAAUGACAGAUUUGGGAGAAUCUCCUGGUGCUUACUUUAGAUGAAGUGAAAUCAACCCAAUUAGUGUCUUGUUAGUAGGUAUAAUGAGCCUAUUUCUUUCUAAGAGGGCUUGUGACCUGGACAUGCUUUUACAAGAAAUAGUGACCUUGGGGAAAAUGUAAACAAAAGAUCUUUUUCUAAGAGUUGGGGGGUGGGAGACUGUAUAAUGCAAAGAAUUAGCUUACAAAAAAAAAAAGAAAUUGAUAUUCAAAGUAUUUUAGGCAAAGCCAGUCAAAAUGCUUUCAUGAUAUUUUGAGAUGUAAAUUUUGUCUGAUUUGUAUUGUUCUUUUCAUUUGCCUUCUUAACUUUAUAUGUGACCUGAAUUUUCCAUAACUUGAUGACUAUAGAUUGCAUCUAGGCAUUCCAAUAAAAGCCAACCCAAUGUG